UCUGGUCCCUACCGAGCCGGGGACCGCGCCUCCUGUGUGCGCAUGCGCAGUUAGCGGGUCCACUGGCGGCCCCGGAAGGAAAAUGUGUGGCCUGGGCAGCAUGGCCAGCAUGGCCAGCGGAGCGGCGGGCUCGGCCGCGGGGCCUGGGGACGCGGCGCGGGCCCCGGACCAGGCCCUGUUCCCGCCGGGAUUCAGCGUAUCGGAGAUCAAGAACAAGCAGCGGCGCCAUUUCAUGUUCGUGCGCUGGAAGCAGCAGCAGAGGAAGGAUAAAUUGGCAAAUAAGAAAAAACGGAAAAAGGAGAGAGAAGCCCUUGGAGAUAAGGCACCACCAAAGCCUGUACCGAAGACAAUUGAAAAUCAGAGAGUUUAUGACGAAACAACUGUAGAUCCUAAUGAUGAAGAGGUUGCUUUUGAUGAAUCUACCGAUGAGUUUGCACCAUACUUCAAUAGACAGACAGUUCCCAAGAUUCUUAUCACAACUUCAGAUAGACCUCGUGGGAGAACAGUGAGAUUCUGUGAACAGUUGUCUACUAUCAUACCUAACUCACAUGUUUACUAUCGAAGAGGACUGGCUCUGAAAAGAAUUAUCCCACAGUGCAUCUCAAGAGACUUCACAGAUCUGAUUGUUAUUAAUGAAGAUCGCAAAAUACCAAAUGGGCUUGUUUUAAGUCAUUUGCCUGAUGGUCCAACUGCUCAUUUUAGAAUGAGCAGCGUUCGUCUGCGUAAAGAAAUAAAGCGAAAAGGAAAGGCGCCCACAGAACAUCAACCUGAAGUAAUCCUGAAUAACUUUACAACACGACUGGGCCAUUCCAUUGGUCGCAUGUUUGCCUCUCUCUUCCCACAUGAUCCUCAGUUCAUUGGAAGACAAGUAGCUACCUUUCACAAUCAGCGAGACUAUAUCUUUUUUAGAUUUCACAGGUACAUCUUCAGGAGUGAAAAGAAAGUGGGAAUUCAAGAGCUGGGGCCACGAUUUACCUUAAAACUGAGGUCUCUUCAAAAAGGAACCUUUGAUUCCAAAUUUGGAGAGUAUGAAUGGAUUCACAAGCACCGUGAAAUGGACACAAGUAGAAGAAAAUUCCACUUAUAAUGGAAAUGAUCAUCUAGUUCUACCUAAUUAAUAGGAGUGCAGAACUUUCUUGAAUUCUUCUGUAACUAAAUUGAGUCUGGCUUUGG